UGUUUGGGAAAAAAACAUUUUUGAUGGUUUUGAAUUUCAAGCUUGAAAUUAUUGUUUGUUCUCCAUCCUUUAUGAUGUCAUUGCAAUGUCAUUGUGAUGUUGUUGCAGCGUCAUGAUGUCAUUGCAAUGUCAUUGUGAUGUCAUAAUGGUCCCUACACUAUAUAUUUAGCAGGCUAGCAAGCCAAAGCUCAGUUGUUUUCUGACAACACACUUGUUUAGACCUUUCUAACAAGGUAAGUUAUAGAAGUUAAUUGUAUCUAUUAAAUUGACACUAUGGGUCAACAAAAUGUCUUUGAAUAUAUAGAUAUGUGUAAUAUUUAAUAAGAAGGCAAGUUAUGGAAGCAGAUUAUAUCUUAUAGCUGGACAUUACCGGGAAAUCAAACUGUAUUUAACUGUAUUACUGGGGGUUCAGAGGCAGUUGGAGGAAAUGCUCUAUUGUAGGUUUUCUUGUCAUUCCCAGUUCAUUAGACUAAUUGCUGUAUUUUGUUUGUGUUUCAGAAAUUACACCAAGAAGAAAAUGAAUACACUUUUUAUUAUCAUUAUUCUGAUACGGAUAACAUUCCAAAUGAUUGCUUUAGAAAGCGAUGCAAAGAUUGAUUUACCCAAGAUGGACUGUCCUGCCACCUUAAUGUUUGAGCAGAUUGCAUUUCUGCAGGAUAUGAAUGUUGAACUUCCUUGCCGAUGUAAGCCUGAUGGCACCACAUCAGUGAUAUGGUACUACAAAAGGCAUCUUAACAGCAAGCACAUCACAUUGUUUAAGGAUAGCGUCAAAGAUAAAGUGAUAGUGGAUAGUGCAAGAGAUAAGGACCAAAACGAUUUGUAUGCAAGGUUUGAUGUCAUCGACUUAGACCUCACGAUUGUCGGCGCCCAUCCUGAUGACUCUGGCAUUUAUAUCUGUGGCUCAAAGACAGGCGAGUUCUAUUAUGGUUAUGAACUUGAUAUCCAGCGAUCCACUGAUGCCCGAGUGAUAUUCAGUGACAAGGAUGAGCAACCCCUUCCAGAUAUUAAUACAGACGGAUUUCAAGCCUACACCAGUUUUGGACAAUGGUCCAAAUGCGAUCGAUGUGGAGUUAGAGGAGAGCAAAGGAAAUUGGGCCUGUGCACUGCCAGGAGCCCCUACAUGAAUCCACGUUUCCAAAUCAAAGGCGACGACGUUUCAUGUGGUUCAGACGCCGUCCCUGAAAGAUUCAAGCCACUGAUUGCCAAUCGGCCAGCGGAGAUAUUUUUCAGGAGUUGCGAAGUCGCCUGUGCCGAGAACAAACCAGGCAUGCUGGGAAAAGUUGUGAAUGCCGCAAACAAUCUGUCAGCGUAUUUGAAGAAACGCUUUGGUUUUCUUCCAACACACAAGUUGCCCACUCAGAAGUAUGUUUCUACUUUGGGUGGAAAAGUGACGUUUACAUGUCCAGGAUCAAAACCAGACGAUGCAGUAGCCUGGGACAAAGAUGACGAGAGAUUGUACCACAGCGAAUACCUGAUAGGAACAAGCAAAUACAUGAACCUUUUCAUUGACCAUGGGAACAAUCUACACAUUAAAUUUGCACAAUUCACGGAUAAAGGACUGUACACUUGCUGGCUUAACGGAAAGCAAAUAUCAUCUAUCAAGUUGACUGUGAGCAAAGAACCACCCAAGCGCCGCAAACUCACCGAUGCAGACACCCUUUUUGCUGCCAAGGUCCUUGGCUUCUGUUUUCUAGUCUGCACAGUAUUAUUUUUCAUCAUCUUUUUCAUCAAGUGUUGCUGCUACUACUGCAAAUGCUGUCCUAAAUUCAGUCCUGAAAAUGAAGUUUAA